GUCGUAACUCUUUCCCACCGUUGGCACUUCCUUUUAGUCACACAAACCUCAAGGCAAACUCUCUUCGGUGUUUGUCUGUAUAAAGGACACCAAAUUACAGAUUUUUUCUCUCUCUCUCUCUUUUAAUCAGGUCAAAAAUGGGAAACACAAAUGACCAAUCGCUGUUGCGUCGGGGUGUAAUAGUGACGAUGGCAGGAGUCAUCUCUCUUGGCGUUAUGUUUUUCUGGUUCUCACCUUCAAAAAAUUGUCCACCUCCAAUUUUUAGACCAGAUCAAAAAUCACAAAUCAACUGUGCCAAGAGCAACAACUCUGUAACUGAAAAAGCAGAGGAGAAACCUAUAGUUCUGUUAUGGGUUUGGCCUGAAAAUUAUAGGUUUGAGUUCAGUGACUGCAAAAAGUUUUACAAUAUUGAUAAUUGUCAUCUGACGGAUGAUAGAGCUCUCUACAACGAUGCAGAUGCUGUCAUCAUUUUUCAUAAAGCCAUCAGCUGGGAUCUGUCCAACCUUCCUCCAUCUCCCCGUCCUCCGUUCCAGAGGUGGAUUUGGUUGCAUGUGGAAUCACCAACCAACACCAAAAGGAUACCAGGUCUGGAAAACCUGUUCAAUCUCACUCUCAGCUACAGACAGGAUGCUGAUAUUACCGUACGGUUGCGCUUGAUGACCAAUAAAAAACCUAAUGAGGAUUUUGUGAUUCCCAAAAAGGACAAACUGGUGUGUUGGAUUGUGAGUAAUAAUAAUCCCUCAACUGGUGUCGACACAAGGAACAUUUUUUACAGAGAAUUCAGCAAAUACAUAAAAGUGACUUUGUUCGGAAAGGCCUAUGCAAGGUUCCUGGAUUAUAAUGAUUACUAUCCAACCCUGGCCAGCUGUAAAUUUUACCUAUCCUUUGAAAACUCUGUCCACAAGGACUACAUCACUGAGAAGAUCAACGGGCCGCUCGCGGCGGGGACCGUCCCUGUGGUGUUGGGUCCUCCGAGAAGAAACUAUGAAAACUUUGUUCCCGCCGAGUCCUUCAUUCAUGUCAAUGACUUCCCAGACGCAAAGUCACUAGCCGAAUAUCUGCUUCAUCUGGACAAGGAUGAAGAUGCAUAUCGCAAGUACUUUAACUGGAGGAAACAUCUCACUCCAAGUCCUCAUUUAAUACAACAGACACAAGAGUUUAUUCUUCCUAUCUGCACUGCCUGUGACCAUGUAGCACGAUAUAGACAUUAUAAAGAAGCUCAUGAUCUCUAUGAUUGGUACUUCAAUUAAAGUUACUUCAGGUUUUCUUCCAUUAUCAGACUACAAUGUUUAUGAAAUAGAUUGUAUUUUAUAUGAUCUGUUACUUUUGAUAUGAGAUUUUUGUGAUCCAUAAGCAAUUAUUUAUUUGAAUAAAUCAUUGCUUAUGGAUGACCUAGCAAUUAAGUGAAGAUUCUUGUACUUUUGUUUAAUUUUAUAUUCCUGCUCUAAACUAGCUCUUUUCAUAAUUGCUUGUGUUCUUUUAUUCAUUUGUAGAGAACUCUUGAUAUAGGGAAAUGGUGUAGAAAUACAUGUAAAUAUUUAUGUGCUGCUUUAUUAUGUUAAUGAACACACUUAUUUUGUCAGCACCAGCUAAUAAUAAAUGCACAGGAUUCAUUAAUUUUGGAUUAGAUUCAGAUUCAGGUGUGUUAGUUUUAGUUAACAACAUUUCCUCCCUCUAGAUAUGCUGGCUGUAUCACUGUCAGGAGUGUGCUUAAAUGUUCGCAUUUUACAGUUUAAGAAUUGUCUCACAGAAUAUCCAGAAAAUCAGGCUUUACGUCACUCAGAGCAGGCGAUUUUCAUCAGCUAUUGAAGCUGUGAAGCUGUGAGCAUAUGUUUGACUAUGAGUAAGGGGGCUGAAAGUAUACAGUAGGUGCAUUUGCUCACUUUUACGGACUAUUUCUUUUUCAUACUAAUAGUUACACUUAUCAGAAAUACUUAUAUACUUGCAUUUUUCCAGAAAGGCCUGCAGUCUUUAUCUUAAGUGUUGGAGAUGUAUUUGGUGUUUGAAAUGUAGAGUUCAGUGCAAACAAAUUCAAAUAAACUAUUAUAAAUAAAACAAAUGCUUACUGAGUGCAAUGUUUAGUAGACAUUCGGGCUAAUUCUUUUGUAAUUUUGUUGUGCAACUGGGACAUUCACGUGUUUCUUGUCAAGUUUCGGGUUUCCAUGUGUGUGUGUGUGUGUCAGUGUCUUCAUGUUGGCUGAUAGUUGAACUCAAGCUCAUUUAAUAAUAAUAUUAAAUAGACAGCAAAAUGUUGGAAGGGUAAACAUACUUAAGUUUAACUAAUUUUAUUGCUAGGGCUUAGUUGAGAUGACAUUAAGUCUACAAAAAUGUAUUUUAAAAACAUUACAUGAAGGGUUAUUUUCAAUUCUAGUCAACAUUCAGAAUGUCAAAGUUGACUAAGCAAAUUUAAACAAAUCAAUAUUGAGAUAAUUCACAAAUGCAAAACAUAUAUAAACCAUUGAAUGAGCGCUAUACACUAUGUCUGAGGGAAAUGAACUGUUUAUGUUAAGGGAAUGUGGUCUUUCAUUUUUUUUAAUCCAUAAAACAAUGUCAAAAGCUGUGUUACUAUAAUUCAUUUUAGGUUUAAUUGUGCCAUGUUGUAGGAUAUUUUUGUGCUUCUGCUAAUUGAAAAGAUAGCAUGAAGAGAUUAUGUGGUCUUUCUUUAAGCCAUGUUGCUGAAUACGACUUAGCAUAAUCUUUGAAACAUGUAGCCUAAUGUAAAGUUAACACAGGCUUAUAAAAUUAGUUUUUGCUUGUGCAAAUGUUUGCAACUAUUCUGUGAAGUUAAAAGACAACAUUAAAUGUGGCAACCAGCCACAUUACAAACAGUG